AUGACAUUAAGUAUUAUGCUUUAUUUUAUUUGCAGCCUCUUCGAGACACAUCCAGACGUUCAACAAUCCUUUAUGCCGUUCAGAGGAGUUGAUCUAGAAGACCUGAAACACAGCAGACAGCUGAGAGAUCAUGCGUUAAGAGUUAUGGCAUUCGUACAAAAAGCUGUCGCACGUCUUUACGAACCCGAUAAACUGGAAACUCUAUUAAGAGACUUGGGCAAGAAGCACUAUCAUUAUGGCGCCAAACAAAAAUACGUAGACUUGAUCGGACCUCAAUUCAUUAUGGCCAUACAGCCGUCGCUAGUCGACCGAUGGACUGAGGAGAUGCACUCGGCGUGGACAGCAUUGUUUUUGAAUAUGGCGUACAUUAUGAAAGGUUCGAUGGCGGCCGAAGAAAGGUUCAAAGUAAAGAAAACUGCCACUUAA